UACACGACCGGACGCAAAAUUAUCAGGUGCUGAACAAGUCAAAGCAGCCAAAAACAAUUUGAUAUCAUCAAAUACUAAGCAAACCGAAGUUACUAGAACAAAUGUAUCAACAGCUCAAUCAAAUACGCUCAGAGCAAACGUAUCAACGGUAAAUCCAGCAGUAAUUCAAGGAAAUAUGCCCACAUAUCCGUUAAAUCCUUUACCUCCUCAUAUUGCGGGAGUCGUAUCUACCAAUACGUCAGGUCAGAUUAUUUCGCCUCCAUUACAUCCGCCCGGAUAUGCAUCACAUCCUUGGGAGUCUAUACAACCACAUAGAGUUGUCCAAAACCAGCAGGCAGGACAAAUACCGCCUUUUUAUAAUCCAAUUGUACCACAAGAACCUGCGAUUUAUCCAUACGGAACAAAUAAUCUUCAAUUUCAAUAUGUGGGAAACAAUUUUGCAUUACCACCAGGACAAUGGUCUCAACCAUAUGCAUACGGAGGUCAUCCACCUUAUCAGUGGCCACAUCCUCAUGAUACUCGAAACUCUUCAAUGGUUGUAGAUUCUCAGUGGAAUGCAACACAAACAUCAUGGUUCAAGAG